CGCAGCGGGGAGGAGGCCGGGCUGCCGGCUCCGCCGCCCGGAAGGACGGUGCCUGUCCCGUGACCGCGGUCCAGCCCGUGCGCCCACCCGCCUCAGCCUGGGGCCGGCGCAGGGAGCAGCCAUGGCGGCCGACGCCCCCGGCAUCCUCCCGGUUCAGCUGGUGGAGCAGCCCAGACUGCAGAAGCUGAAGGAGAUGUUUGUAUCAAAAUUUGGAUCAGCUCCCAAGUUUUAUGUUCGUGCACCGGGGCGAGUCAACUUAAUAGGAGAACAUAUAGACUACUGUGGUUAUGCUGUGCUCCCUAUGGCUAUAGAACAAGAUAUACUGAUUGCAGUAGAACCUGUAAAAACUCAAGUUGUGCAACUGGCAAAUGCCAACUCUUUGUAUCUGGAUUUCAGUACUAGUGUUAAUAACAUUCAGAUUAACAAAACCAAACCUCAGUGGCAUAACUACUUCCUGUGUGGACUGAAGGGUAUUCAGGAACAUUUUGGUCUUAAUAACCCAACUGGAAUGAAUUGUCUGCUAGAUGGAACCAUCCCUCCAAGUUCUGGUCUCUCUAGCUCCAGUGCUUUGGUGUGCUGUGCAGGACUCGUGACACUAAGAGCUAAUGGAAAAACCCUCUCUAAGGUAGAACUUGCGGAAAUUUGCACAAAGAGCGAGCGUUAUAUUGGCACAGAAGGUGGAGGAAUGGACCAGUCAAUCUCUUUUCUGGCAGAAGAAGGAACUGCCAAGUUGAUAGAGUUCAGUCCUCUGAGGGCAACUGAUGUUAGACUUCCAAGUGGAGCAGCGUUUGUUAUUGCUAACAGUUGUGUUGAAAUGAAUAAAGCAGCAACUUCUCAUUACAAUAUUAGGGUAAUGGAGUGUCGUCUGGCUACAAAGCUUCUCUCAAAGUCAAAAAGUUUGGACUGGAAAAAAAUGCUGAGACUCCAUGAUGUGCAAACCAAGCUAGGAGUUAGCCUGGAGGAAAUGCUGACCAUUGUCGAGGAGGUAUUACAUCCUGAGCCUUACAGCACAGAGGAAAUUUGUAAAUGCCUGGGAAUUAGCCUGGAGGAGCUCCGCUCUCAGAUCCUUAGUCAAAACACGCAAGAUGUUUCCACCUUUAAGUUAUACCAGCGUGCAAAGCAUGUGUAUAGUGAAGCUGCCAGAGUGCUGGAAUUCAAGAAGAUAUGCGACGAAGCACCUGCCAACGCGAUCCAGCUGCUGGGAGAAUUAAUGAACCAGAGCUAUAUCAGCUGCAGGGAGAUGUAUGAAUGCAGCUGUCCCGAACUGGAUCGCCUGGUAGACAUCUGCCUGCAAUUUGGGGCCGUGGGGUCACGUCUGACUGGAGCUGGAUGGGGUGGCUGCACUGUGUCAAUGGUGCCUACUGACAAGCUCAACACUUUCCUAAAUAAUGUAAAAAGAGCUUAUUACCAAAGCGACGCCCAAAGGUUAGCGCUGGAGAAUAAGAGUCUGUUUGCUACCAAACCUGGAAGAGGAGCUUUGGUUUUUGUUGAGGCCUAAAGAACGUAAAAAUUGUAAAGAAACUAUGUAGGGCAUUUAGAACUGGCAGUACUUCCCCCGCCACAGUAAAUGAAUGCCUGCUCUGCUUUUUAUUGUCAUGAGCAGUUGCUAUUAUCACAAUAUAUUUCUGAAGAACCAAUUAAAAGAAAACCCUUUGAUUACAAACUCUUUCUUUUUCAGUACUAAAAAUACCUUUCAGUAUGAACAUUGAUUUACAAGAACCUGUACACAAGGAAAUUGGAAAAUGAAAUAAAGAUGAUACUUUCUUAAA